AUGUCGAAUUUCAGCAAGAAGGAGCUUAAGUUGUUAUACUCAUCUUAUGGCGAAGAUGACCUGUAUAAUUCGGGCAAAUUCAAGCCCCUUACUCGAAAUCUGACGACAGGGAAGAUUCUCAUGCGCGGUCACCACUGUGGGCAGUGCAACAACAAGAUGACACAAAAUUGUUACGAGAAUCUCCACUACGCAUAUUGCUCGACAUGGGUGACCCGAAACCGCGAUGGUAGGCGGGUUCGCGUGCGCUGUGGCGAGCGAUUCGCCCUACGCUCGGAUGGUUGUGCGAAGCACCCCCGGGUUCAGGGAUAUAACGAACCUUUGUACCGUGCUGCUGACGGUUAUGACGUGGAUCUCGCAGAGUUUGACGAUACAGAUCCGGGUGACCUGAAGGGCGAGCCUGAAGAUAACGAGGACGAUUUUGAGGCUGAAUCGGAAGAACUCGAGCGCUUGGUAGAGGCGAUAAUCGAGAAAGACGGAUACUUGCCCCCAGACUUCCAUGCGAAGUAUUGGCAAGAUCGAGCUAAGGAGAAGUCGUUUGCGGUGCCAAAGAAUAGUGGUGCGCCUGGUUCAGGUAAUCAUGUAGCCAUGGAGACAAUUUCCGAGGACCAAGAUGAGGUCAAGGUCACGGCUAGCAGGGGCCAAGGUAAUAUUCUUACUAGUGGUAAGGCAGGCAGGGGCAUGGUGAACCAGAAGCGAGGAAUUUCUCUCAAGGAGCGGCCUCUUGCACGGGAUAGCCAAACUGGGUUCACAUACGCAGGCAACGCAUCUGUUUCACAACCUGAAGACGGCAAGCAAAAGAUAGCUCGAUCUUAUGCCCCCAAAGGAUCAAAACCCAAGGCUCCAAUGGAAGUGCGUCGUGGACCAAGCGAGAGAGACGAGGAUGCCACAAAUGAUACAGGUAAUCACAAGGGCAAGAAGCGUGUCGCAAAGUGGUAUGAUAAGAUGACCGGUAAGAAAGAGAAGGACGAGAGUAGUUAGACUAUCUUGG